AUGCAGGUGAAUGACCCAAAGGAGGAAGAGAAGCAGAAAGCUGAUCUUAUCAAGAAGAUCGUUGAUCCUAAAGCGAAAGCAAAAGAGUGGCAAAAGGUUACAAGAAAAGGAGGUCCCAAAUCAAUUUUGAAAGACAAUAACCAAGUGACCCAAGGAAACUGUAAGUCAAAAGACUCAAGUGAUCCAGGAAAGGUAGAAGUCAACAAAUUCAACGUGUUACUUGGGGAACAUUCUGGCAAGGAUGCGGACGUAGAGCAAAGUAUUGAAGUGGUGCACCAGGAUGGUGACCCCAUUAUUGUGGUCAGCGAUGCUAGAGAAUCAGUAGCUAAGGAGAGGGAAGUUCUGAACCCACCGUUGUCUGUUGAAGAGAAGGAUCAAUGGAUUGGGAGUGAUUAA